AUGAAUGAUGAUCUAUGUAGAAAAUUUGUUUUUUUGAGGACGUAUUUACCCGAUGAUUUAAGCGUAAACGGAACACUUGAACUUAAAGAUCAUAAAAAUUUCAAAAAUUAUUGCCCUGUUACAGAAUCAGGAGAAAAUGAAUGUAAUAAUAAUCUUGGUAAAAUUACGGCUGGAUUUUUAUGGUUACUUGAACAAUGUUAUUCUAUAUCCAUUAAUAGUAGUUAUAAUGAAAAUAAUACUAAUUUAUUUUUUAUAUAUAUGAUUUCAUGGUUUAGUUACCAAUUAAAUAAAAUCAAAGGACACGAUUCCACCAAAAUAAAAGAUUUUUAUACUAAAUAUGUAAUUAAUAGUCAUAAAUAUGAUAAUUUUAAAAAUACUGCCUAUAAAUUUACAAAAAUUGAGGAAUUCAUAGAUAAAAAAAAUGAUUUGUUGAAUAUUAAUAUUCAAGAUCUGUCUAAAUUUUAUGAUGCAUUUAAACUAUUAUGUAGUAUGUAUGGUGAUAUUUCAACGAAUACAGAUGUCAAAAAAUUGUCAGAUGAUGCGAAUGAAUUUGUUAAAAAAUAUCAAGAACUUAAAGGAUAUUCUAAUCAUACUGAUGGCAAUUCAUAUAAACAAAUAUUGUCUGCUUUAUUAACUGAUUAUGAUAAUUUAAAAAAUAUAAGUACCAAUAUUACACCUCUUCCAGAGAUAACAGCAAACGUUUCUGCACUUUCAUCUGGAGAUACAUCAUCAACAGGAAACAAAUUAUUUACAGUUUUAUCGAUAUUUGGUGCAAUAGCAUUUUUUUUAGGAAUUUCUUAUAAGUAUUCGUUAUUUGGAUUCCGGAAACGAGCUCAAAAACAAUAUUUGAGAGAAAAAAUAAAAAAUAUAAAGAAGAGAAUGAAUAGUUAA